AUUUCCUUUAAGUAGGAACUUUACUGCAAGUAAUCAGUAGUCCCUUGAGGUACAUAGAGUGAAACCUACGUCGCCUCAAAGUUCUACAACCAACAAGGAAAAUGCAGUCCAUCGGUAGCCGCGUCGCUGCUCCUGCGCGCCAAGCAGAGCAGCGCAUGGCCGUUGCGUCUACUAGCAGGCCUAGCGCCCGGCCGAUUUUGAUCAAUGCUGCAGCCUUCGGAGUUAAGAAGACCGCCAACCAGCUGCUCCGCGAGCUUGCGCGCGGUGGUCCUUCGUCUCGCAAGGCCUCUUGCGCAGCUGUGACGGGUGCUACAGGCGCUACGGCUGCCCUUGACAUCGUGUUCGUGGCUGCCGAGGUUGCGCCUUGGAGCAAGACAGGUGGCCUUGGCGAUGUGACAGGAGGCUUGCCGAUUGAGCUGGUGAAGCGGGGCCACAGGGUCAUGACUAUUGCGCCACGCUACGACCAGUACGCGGAUGCUUGGGACACUUCCGUCGUUGUCGAUAUCAUGGGCGAGAAGGUCCGCUACUUCCACUCCAUCAAGAAGGGUGUUCAUCGUGUGUGGGUUGAUCACCCUUGGUUCCUGGCUAAGGUCUGGGGCAAGACUGGCUCCAAGCUUUACGGCCCUCGCUCCGGAGCCGACUACCUGGACAACCACAAGCGAUUCUCGCUGUUCUGCAAGGCUGCCAUUGAGGCGGUGCGCGUGCUGCCGUUCGGCCCUGGAGAGGAGUGCGUGUUCGUCGCGAAUGACUGGCACUCUGCCCUGGUGCCGCUGAUGCUGAAGGAUGUCUACCAGGCCAAGGGCGAGUUCACGAAGGCCAAGUCGGUGCUGGCCAUCCACAACAUUGCCUUCCAGGGCCGCAUGUGGGAGGACACCUUCAAGGACAUGCAGCUGCCGACAUCCGCCUUUGACAAGUUCGCGUUCAGCGAUGGCUACUCCAAGGUGUACACUGAGGCCACCCCCAUGGAGGAGGACGAGAAGCCCCCGUUGACCGGCAAGACCUACAAGAAGAUCAACUGGCUCAAGGCGGGUAUCCUCACCGCUGACAAGUUGGUGACGGUGUCGCCGAACUACGCGACGGAGAUCAGCGCUGACGCGGCUGGAGGUGUGGAGCUGGACACUGCCAUUCGCUCGCGCGGCGGUAUCGAGGGCAUCGUGAACGGCAUGGACAUUGAGGAAUGGAACCCCAAGACCGACAAGUACCUCACGCUGCCGUACGACCAGAACUCCGUGUACGCCGGCAAGGCCGCCGCUAAGGAGGCCCUGCAGGCGGAGCUGGGUCUGCCGGUUGACCCCACCGCGCCGCUCUUCGCCUUCAUCGGCCGCCUGGAGGAGCAGAAGGGUGUCGACAUCAUCCUGGCUGCGCUGCCCAAGCUGCUGGCGACCCCGAAGGUGCAGGUGGCGAUUCUUGGCACUGGCAAGGCUGCGUAUGAGAAGAUGGUCAACUCUAUUGCGACCAAGUACAAGGGCCGUGCUAAGGGCGUGGUCAAGUUCUCCGCGCCGCUCGCGCACAUGUUGACCGCCGGUGCGGACUUCAUGUUGGUGCCGUCGCGCUUCGAGCCGUGCGGCCUCAUCCAGCUGCACGCCAUGCACUACGGCACAGUCCCGGUGGUCGCCUCCACCGGUGGCCUGGUGGACACUGUCAAGGAGGGCGUGACGGGCUUCCACAUGGGUGCGUUGAACCCGGACCGUCUUGACGAGGCGGAUGCGGACGCGCUGGCCGCCACGGUGCGCCGCGCGGCUGAGGUGUUCGCGACGCCCCGCUACAAGGAUAUGGUGUACAACUGCAUCAGCCAGGACCUGUCCUGGGCUCGCCCAGCUCAAAAGUGGGAGGGCCUCCUGGAGGAGGUCGUGUACGGUAAGGGUACGGCGGCAACGGCCAAGAAGAAUGAGGUCAAGGUGCCGGUGCAGGAGAAGAUUCCAGGCGAUACCCCCGCAGUUGCGCGCGCUCCCAACGUAAGGCCCGCGGCGGCGGCGGCGGCGGCACCGAAGGCGCCGGUGACGGCACCGCCGAUGGGUGCAUGGCGCGCUACCACGACCGCCGUGCCGGCGAAUGGGGUACCUAAGGUGACCACGUACAAGACCGUGACGCCGGCGGUGACGGUGCCGGUCGCUGCCAAGCCGGCGGCAGUGCCGGUCAGCAGCAACGGCAAUGGCGUUGCAGCGGGGACGUCGGUGUCGGAGAACGGCAAUGGCGUGUCGGCGACGCCGUCGGUCGCCCCCAAGGUGGCUAGGAGCGCUCUGGCGUCGGUGUCUAAGUCGGCGUAAGCGGGAACACCUGGAAGUGGGUUUGGAAACGCCGUGCGCUCUCGCCUCAGUGGGUGUUGAGUGUACGAGUGUACCACUUAUUGUGUACCGAGUCAUCCACAGCGGAAAGGUGAGCGAGUUGCUCCCGUGCAUGGCGGAGCCCGCGUUGAAACGUCCCUGCAAUUUUUCCGUCGAUGACGAUGACGACAGGAUGCUCGGGUAGGUGGAUAGAUGAUUAUUCUGUGCUGCAGCUGGAUUGUAAACGCUCUACCGGUGGCCGCUGCUCAUCUGGACUGCCGCUUUUUAAUGAGAGGAUAGGAGCUGCUGAUGGCCGAUGUCGCAGCCCGACUGUGCCGCUGGCUUCUGAUUUUUAUUGUUUCAUGGUGUACAAUGGUGUUCAAGUGUAAUUACGUAAGGCUGUGUCUGGCCGCCUCAUUUUGUGAAGCGAGGGAGAACAAUGAGAGGGAGGAGCGGAAUGUGCUGCUGAGUCGACUGAGCCGCAUUCCUUUUUAUCUCGCCGUUUUGCCUCUUCUGGGCGGUGAUGGCAAGGCAUGUCGUGCAUUUGUUGAGCGGGUGGAGCCGAGCGCAAAACCAGACGGAGGGUUUGUUCCUGUGCCCGCCAAGUUCCCGCAAUCCCACGCUCCGUAUCGUAUUCCAUUUUUCCCGGAUUUGAGGAGCAUCAGUGCUGUCAUGUUAUGCAUAAAUGCCGGGCUUGCAUGGAUGCCCACGCAGUUGCGUUGGGGGAUCUAGACUGUUUUUCGCCUGGCCUGUCUUGGCCUGACUAGCAUGGCCGAGUGUGAUGCCGCGUUUUGACCGCCGCACGGUUUUGUUGAAAGUUAUUUGAAAAGUGUUCGUAUUGGUCAGGACAUAAAUUUUGUUGGAGCCGACGCCUGACCGGUAGUUUUGAAGUCUUUUAUGCUGGACAGGCUGCAGCGGCCUGGCACGCCACCGUCGAAAUAUUGCCAUGAGAGAAAUUAUUUGGCGACGGAUUGGCCGGAGAGAAGAGUGAAAAGUAAAGAAUGGAACAAGUGAUGCUCAGGAAGAAAUUCUGGGGCAAUUGUGUGCGUGGUUUUGUAUGUGUAUGCGACACAUGUAGCUGACGUCAUUUGUAAGGCAAAAAUAUCUUAUCUGACCUGUUUGUUUAGCGUUUUGUGACUGUACACGUGUGGAUACAGUUAUAGAAAUUGGUGGUGAGAGAUCUGUGGACACUUUGCGCUGACGAGGAAAACAGCUGUCCUGGUUAUGGCAUCUGCUAAUCGUCGGUCUGAUUGUCUACUUCAUGGAGAAGGUAGUGUUGCAUGUGUCGCAUGUAACAGCAUCUUCCAACCG